AUGGCAGACGCGGAGCCGGAGGCUGAGGGCGGCGGCGGCGGCGGCCGGGACCCUCCGGGCCAGAGCCGCAGCGCCGCACGCAUGGCCCCGCUGGGCCCCGAGCAGCUGCGGCGGGUCCUGGAGCAGGUGACGAAGGCGCCUGUAGUGCUGCAGGACGCGGCGCGGCGGCUGCGGGACGCGGCCCAGCAGGCCGCCCUGCAGCGGGGUCCCGGCGCCGAGCCCCCGCGCCCGCCGCGCCUGCUGCCGCCCCAGCAACUAGAAGCCAUCUGCGUCAAGGUGACAUCUGGAGGAGACAGAGAUCAGGAAAGGCCAGUGACCCUCCUGGCCACCAUCCAGCCCCAAGCAGCAAGACAGGACCAGCUGCCCAGGAGGAAUUCCUGCCUGGUGGGGCCCCGCGCCACCAGCCCUCAGCUGCUGAGAGUACAACCACUCCUGAAGACCAGGCCCCAGCCCCCCGCUCCUCAGUUGUUGGUGCAGAGGCCAGUCCCCGCCAAGAGAGCCCCUGGCCCACCUGCAGUAACUUCUGCCUCAGCCAGUUCAGCACAUUCAUUUAUUUCCAACUCACAUACAAAGCAUACUGAGAAACUGAAGAAAUCUGUCAAAGUGAAGACGCGUUCCGGACGGAUAUCUCGACCUCCUAAGUAUAAAGCCAAAGACUACAAGUUCAUAAAGACGGAAGAUCUGGCGGACGGGCACGUGUCCGAUUCUGAUGACUACUCAGAACUGAGCGUGGAGGAAGACGACGACCGGCGGGAGAAGCAGGCGCUCUUUGACUUAGCCAGCUGCUCCCUGAGGCCCAAAACAUUUCAGUGUCAGAGUUGUGAAAAGUCAUACAUAGGGAAGGGGGGCCUGGCCCGGCAUUUUAAACUUAACCCAGGCCACAGCCUGGGGAUGUUACCGGGGACAGCCGACGGAAGCCUGACCCAGGGCUGCGUGGAGGUGGGGCCGGUGAGCCUGACCUCCCCAGAGCUGUCGACACCCACGGAGGAAGGGCCCCUGUCCUGCUGUGCCAGAGGGGCAGAGUCAGCGCACCAUGGACUACAGAAUGGGCAGUCUGCGGAAGCUGAAGAGGUGCUGGUGGCUGAGCCAGAAAGCAGGAGUCCUGCAGCUCUUCUGGGAUCACAGACACACCUGGGCCGUGGAGGAAGUGGAGACCCCGAGACUCCAGCAGAGCCCAGCGCAGCAGAGGCCGGCGCAGCUGUCCUCCCGCAGAGCAGAGCAGGGGGGCAGCGGGCAUCGAGGGGCCGAGCCGAGCUCCAGCAGCUUCUGCAGCAGUGUGACCCGGAGGACCUAGUGGAGCUGGCUCUGCCCCAGCUGGCUCGGGCGGUGACCCCGUAUGAAUUUCUCCUGAUGAAGGUUGAAAAGGGCCGCCUUGCAAAACCCUUUUUCCCAGCCGUCUAUAAGGAAUUCGAGGAGCUGCAUAAAAUGGUGAAGAAACUGUGUCAGGAUUACCUGAGUGGUUCCAGCCCAGGGCCCCAGGAGCCCUUGGAAGUAAACAACGAUGCGGUAACAGCCUCUGGGUGGUGUCCCGUUGGGGUAGCCGAGUCCCUGGGAAUCACAGAGUUCGUGAGGAAAAGAGACAUGUGCACGGACUGCCUUGCCCAGUGCCCCGGCCCAGAGGGCAGGGGGAGGCUGGAGGCAGCCAGCGGACAGAAGAGGGGCAGUGAGGCCACACAGGACCUGCAGGCCUCAGUGAAAAGGACCAGAACUGAAACUCUGCCAGAGGACACUGCUGAGUCUCCUGCUGCCGAUGGCAUGGGCCAGGCGAAGCCCAGGCCCUCGUGCGAUCCGGCUGCCGGUCUUGCUGCUCCAGCAAAUGAGACUGCUUCUCCCCGUUCUGAAAACAGCCAGGCGGUGACAGGCUGCGAUGGUGGCAGAAGCCUGUUACACGAGGGCCAGCUGCUGAAGGCAUCUGCUGACUCAGAGGCCAGACGUGGCUGUGUGGGCCCUGCCCCCUGCUGUUCGGACCGGGGUGGAGCAGCUCCUUGCAUUCAGCUGGGAGAGCCCGGGAGGCUGGCCCGGCUCCAGCAGGCACCGUUCCCUGAUCGGAAGGCUCUGGAACACUCUUCAGACCAGGACUCGGGGGACAGCCCGAGGGGCCCGGUGGCCUGCAGCACACUGUCAGCAGGCGGAGGGGUGCAGCCUCUGCUGCCUGGCAGCUCCGGGAGCCGUGGGAGGCACGAUGCCCACCUGACUGGCCAGCAGGCCAGGCCCAGCCCUGACCUGCUCACAGCGGCCGCGGCCCCUCCCCUUGAGAAAGCUGUGCCCUCGGGUGCUGGGCCGGUUGACUGUGCCUGCAGUACUGUGUCUGAGCCAGGGCCUCAGCCUGGCAAGCACGGAUCACUGUCCAGCACAGGGGGUGUUGAAAGCCACACAGGGAACUUGAACCAGCUCCCCCGUGGGAUGGAGGUGCAUGGCAGCCAGAGAGAACUGGAGGGCGUGGUUACUGUGGGCGAAGCUGUGGCUUUUGGAGUACCAGCUGGGUGCCAGGAGCAGAUCUUCAUUCAGACUUCUGACGGGCUCAUCCUGUCCCACCCAGGGACGACACUGUCACGGCAGGACAUUGUCAUAGUCACUGGGGCGGCGGGGACCGCCCUGCUGGUGGCUGCAGCCGAGGGGGUUCCUCUGGAAACCGCGGAGCCGCUCCUCACCCUGGAGGCGAGCGACAAGGAGGCGUAGCCAUGAUCCUAGGCUUGUAUGUAUUUUAUCCAAAGAAGCUCUAUUUCAAGCAAUGUCUAUUUUUCUAAACACUGACACAUACGAACUUGGUGUUUAUAAAGAAUUACGCACUCCUGCUGCCCACGCCUUUCUGUGGAGCUCCUCACAGCAACGGCAGAUACACGACCUGAUAACAUCCCACGAGCCUCCCUCAGAGGCUUUGUUGUGGAAAAUGGAAUUAAAAGAUACAUUUCUCUUGUUGCCAAGGAAUUUGGAGAUCCAUGCAUGGUUUUUCCUAAUAUGCAAUUCCAUGAACUGUUUGAAGACCCCUCACGUACGUCUCAUCCUCAGGCUUCUGGGGCUGUUGUGGGUAAUAUCACUGCACCACUACUUAGCCCUGCUCUAUUCCCAAAGAACAAGACCCCUUCUCUCCGGUGCUGUGCUGCUGCUUAUCAGGCCUGGGCCACGCUAGAAGCUUCUU